AUGAAGCACCUCCCGGAUGAGAUCAUCCUCUACAUCAUCUCUUAUCUUGAACCCUCAGCCCUCGUCAACCUCCAGCACGUGUCGCGCCACUUCCUCAACCUCUCUCGCGACAACAAUCUCUGGAAAACGCUGUGUUUCGAGCACUCGGCGGCAGAACGCCGCAGACGCCGACUCGCGCCUACGGUCGACAUUGACCCGCGACUUGCUGAGCUCAUACGCGCUGCUGAUAACAUCUCGAGUACAUUCAACAUCGGCAUAAACGAUGCGAAUCACCCGAGUGGGGAGGUGCAGAGAGAACGGAAUGAGGGCAAGAGGAGAGCAGCGCUGCUCGCAAACUGGGAUCCGAGCUAUCCUGAGGAAAAGGUGAACUGGUAUCAAGACUUCAUACAAAGACAUGCGCCGCAGCAGGUUAGCUGGUUCCAGGAUGCCGGACAUGAUGAAGAGGAGGGAGACCGACGUGCGGCUACGGGUGCGGGGGUACUGUUCAAUGAGGAUGGCCUGGCAGACAAACUCGUCGCGCCGCUGGAGGACGGGAGUAUCAGCAUAUGGGACGCAUGUGCUAGCAGCGAGAGACAGGGCAGGCUUGUGGCCAAGAGCGAUAUUGGGCUACUACCAAACAAGAGCUCGGAUGACCUGGACCACGAUACACGCCUCACGCAGAGUCAGGCUAUCAUGACGGAGACUGGGGCCGUGGAGUGCGUAAGCAUCGACAGCAAGCUGAAAAAGGGCUUCUUUGCCGUGCAAAACGUCUUGAACGAGGUCGAUCUGCAGACGCUCAAAGUCGUCUCCAGAACACCGUAUCCCUUCCCCAUCACCGCUCUCUCAGAAGCACACCACCACACCCCAUUAACCGUCGGCACCAACUGGACCAUCCACCUGCACGACACUCGAAAGCCCCCUGCUCCUUCGUCAACACGUUGCGAGCUCAUCGGUGGGUCUGCAGACACAUCAUUCUCACGCCUGCAAACCGGCGACUUCGGUGGCCAUGUCUCACUCUCGCAACCUGGCGCCCUAUCCAUCAUUCACCUCCCCACAACACGAGAAUGGGACGGGAACGGCGAUAUCUGGGUGGGCGGCCGCUUCACGAGCAUGCUGAACUUUGACCGGCGCUUCUUCCCUCGACUACGCGGCACCGUGCAUUCCGGCGCGAGACUGUCUUGCAUGGCGACUCUGCCCCAUCCCUUUGUACCACACGACCUGCGUCUCGAUCGUCCCUACUCCUCCGCGAGGGACCUCUCCGAGGCAAAGGACGCACAGGGCCAUACACUCAUCGUUGCUGGUGAAUACAAGGGCAAGGGCUCGCUGGAGCUGUAUGGCCUAAGUUCCGAGCCAACGAGAAGCGUCAAUUCAAGCGACAGUCGCACCACACAUAACAACCGCGGCUGCUACCAGAACCGACAGACAGCUAGUAGCUCAAAACUGCUUGCCGUAGCGCCACACGGUACGCGCAUAGUGUUUUCAGACGGCGAUGGUAAUCUCAAGUGGGUGGAGCGUGAUGGAAGUACGCCUGUGAGACACUUCAAUAUCAACGAUUUGUCCCCGUCUCCACCGCCGGACACAUCACAUCCCAUUCUUCUCAACCCACAGGGCAGUGCGGCGGAGGAUGGGGAUAUCGUUCAAAAAAUCUUGCCAGCGGUUCGUACAACACAUUCCUCUGUUACGCCAGAGCUCGGCCAGGAUAACCUGAUUCUCUGGACGGGCGACGGGAAGUUGGGGCUUUUGGGCUUCGGCCGUGAACCCCCGCUACAUGCAGAUGUGUUUGAAGAUGCACUGGAGCGACAGCUCGACGGCGAUGGUGGGAAGGAGAAGGAGAUGCAGAAGGAAUACAGCGUGGAGAUGCGGAGGGCGUUAGAGGGGCAUGCCAGGGAGUUGCGAUGGCUGAAGGGGUAUGGGUUGUGA